GGGGGCUGGAAGUCUGAAUUCAGAGCACCAUCUGUAGGGGAAGGUAUUCUCUCUCUGUUGGCUCUGGAGGAAGGUUCUUGUCUCUUCACCUUCUUCGUUCCUUGGGGAUCUCCCUGUGUCUUGGCAUCUGUCUUACUCAUCUUUGCUUCUUAGCUUGCGUUUAAUCUCUUUUAUUUCUAGAAGAGAUUGACUCAAGAUACACUCUACACUGAUCCUGUCUCACAAACACAGCAAAGACAACCCAUUCUCCAAUGGGAUUAUAACCACAGGCACAGAGGUUAGGAUUUAUAACAUGUAUUUUGGGGGGACACAGUUUAAUCCAUAACAUUACACCUUUUGGCCCCCAGUAAUUUAUAUCCUUGCCACAUGCAGAACACAUUCACCCCAUCCCAUCAUCCCGAAAAUCUUAAAUCAACUCCAAGUCCAAAGCCUCAUCUUCUGAAUCAUCGGAAUCAAAUAUGGGUGAGACUUUAGGUGUGUUACAUCCUGGGGCAGAAUCCCUCUUCAUCUGUGAACCUGUGAAAUCUAGACUACAAGUUACCUGUUUGCAAGAUACAAUGGUGGAACAGGCACAAGGUAGAUAUUUCCAUCACAAAUGGGAGAAAUUGGAGGGAAAGAAGGGAUAACGGGCAUCAAGCAAGUCCAAAACCCAGCUGAACAAAUUACAUUAGCUCUCAAAGCCUGAAAAUCCUCUUUUCUCUGAGAUUACCUGGGCAAUGGCCCCACCCUCCAGACUCCCUUGGCUUUGGGCAGCCCCAUUCUCCUAGUCCAUCUGAGUGCCAACCCCACCCCCUCAGCCCCAGCAGGCCUUGUUCUGCCCUUUGGGCAUAGCAGCCCCAGCUUUGAGUAGCGACCCCAUCCCCUUGGUGUACCUUAAUGGUAGCCCCAUACUCUGGAACAAUUGGUGAAGAUCUGACUCUUUGAAACCUAGGAGGCUGUGGCCCCACCCUUUGAGAUCCAGGCCCCACCCUUUGAAACUGAGAAGGCCCUGCUUCCCAUGCUCCUUUCAACAGUUCUGCUGAUUUCCAAACUGCUCCAGGGAUGGUCCUUUUCUUUUCUUGGAGGAUAACAGAUGUAGUUUCUUUGGCUUGUUUCCUGCCUGUAGAAUUCCAAGAGGCAGACAGUUUCCUUUUGUCUUGUCUCUGACCCCUUCAGACUAAGCUGGUGGAUUUUCUGCUGUGGUAGUUGGUAAGAUCCAUCAAUCAUAGACUUAAUCUCUUUAAUAAAAGAUUGUGUAGCCAUGCAUUUUGAUGUCUAUAAUUUUACCAACAAGCUCUUGAAGGCAACCCAGGAUUUUACUAUUAGGCACCUUAAAACCCUUCCAGCUUCUACCCAUUAUCCAGUUCCAAAACUGCUUCCACGUUUUAAGUGUCUGUUAGAGCAGCACCCCACUCUUCCCCGUACUAAAUUCUGUCUUAGUUAUAUAGUGCUGCUAUAACAGAAAUACCAUAAGUGGAUGGCUUUAACAAACAAGCUUAUUCUCUCACAGUCUAGUAGGCUGAAAGUCCAAAUUCAGGGCAUCAGCUCCAGGGGAAGGCUUUCUCUGUCAGCUCUGGAGGAAGGUCUUUGUCAUCAAUCUUCACCUGGACUAGGAGCUUCUCCAUGCAGGAACCCCAGGUCCGAAGGACACCUUCAGCUCCCUGCUCCUUGUGCUGCUUUCUUGGUAGUAUGAGGUCCCCAUGUCUCUCUGCUCCCUUCUCUUUUUUAUAUCUGAAGAGAGAUACGGCCCAAGACACAAUCCAGUCUUGUAGAUUGAGUCCUGCCUCAUUAACAUAACUGCCACCCAUCCCACCUCAUUAACAUCAUAGAGGUAGGAUUUACAACAUAUAGGAAAAUCACAUCAGAUAACAAAAUGGUGGACAGUCACACAACACUGGGAAUCAUAGCCUAGCCAAACUGAUACACAUAUUUGAGGGAUACGAUUGAAUCCGUAACAGGUGGCUUUAGCAAAUUUAUUUUCUCGCAUUUUAGGAGGCUAGAAGUCCAAAUUCAGAGCACCAGCCCUAGGCAAAGGCUUUCUUUCUCUGUCGGCUCUGGAGUAAGGUCCUUGUCUCUUCAGCUUCUGUUUCCUGGUUCCUUGGAGAUCUCCAUGUGUCUUGGCAUCUGUCUUACCCAUUUCUGCUUCUUAGCUUGCAUUUAAUCUCUUUUAUAUUUCAAAAGAGGUGGACUCAAGAUGCACCCACACUAAUCCCAUCUCACUAGCAUAACAGACAACCCAUUCCCAAAUGGGAUUAUGACCACAGGCAUAGAGGUUAGGGUUUACAAAUGUUUUGGGGGCAUGCAGUUCAGUCUGUAACAAUGCCUCUUCAAACAUGUCCAUAGAGACAUGUACGUAAAUACACAAAAUAUAGAGGAAAAAAGCCUGGAUGAUACUCGUCAAACUGGUGCCAAGGUUUCUUCUGGGCCACUGUGAUGAGGGUGGUUAGUCAAAGGGGUUGGUCACUGUGAUGAGGGUGGUUAGUCAAAGGGGUCGGUCCCUGUGGUGAGGGUGGUUAGUCAAAGGGGUCGGUCACUGUGAUGAGGGUGGUUAGUCAAAGGGGUCUUGUGGCUUAUCCGCAAUGUUUGGAUUUUUCACAAGGAGUACUUUUUUUUUUUUUCACUGAGAGUUAAUACCAAGUAGUUUCAUGUACGAGAAACUAGUUUUCUGCUGAGAAUUUCAGAUGAAGCUUGUUGAUGCAAAAUGCCUUUUCCUCAAAUGCCGAAGGAGAGGAAUUUAUAGUCGGGUGGACAGUGGCAUCCAGAGCCGAAGCCUUCGUUUUUCUUGUCUGUUUGCCCUCACUUUAGUCAAGACAGCACUGCCCCUCCUCAAAACCAGUGAAGCAUAAGAGCUGAGUUUUUGUUUUGUUUUUUUAAAGCUAUGGGUUUCCCCAAGUUCCCUCAAAGCUUGGAAGUGCUGAUGGAGGAGUCGGGGCCUGUCAGUGGGCCCUCAGCAGCCCUUUGGAGCCUCUGGCUUCGUGAUCUUAGUUCUUCUUCCCCUUGCUUUGGCCAUCUAGGCUCAUGUUGCUCUGAUUCUGGAAUCUUAUUUACAGGGUAUCCGAUUUCCUUUCAAAGGUCAAGACAGAAUUCAAGGCACAACUGGGUGUUGGUUGCUGAGACAGAUUGAGUUGCAGGUUAGGUACUGGGACCUGGAGCAGAUCCUCCCUCACUUUGUCUGUGGAAGGCCACGCUCCAUGCCAGGGAGAGUGUCUUAGGGGACUUGGGUGUCGGGGCAUGGGAGAUUUCUCAAGAAGUGCCAAUAACAGGCUAGAUUUGGCUUCUCAUGGCAGCAUAGCUUGACCCUCAGAGUGUCUGGAAAGAGAAACAGGAACUGGGAAGGAGAAGUAGGAGACCCCUAGGGAAGAAAAUCGCCAAGCAGUAGAGAAGGACCUUGAAACUGGCUACUCAGGCAAUCAUGUGAAGCCUGAUUUCCUCAUGCAGUUGCUACGAGGGCUCCUGAGGCAGGAGGCAACCUCUUUGGCUUGUCCCCUGAGAUCCUCCUUUGGAUUCUGGCUCCUUUUGCCAGGCCAGUCAGGUAGGUCUGUCAGGUUUCUCAGGCCGCCAGGCCUGAAAUGACAUGGCAGCUCAGGCCUGAGUUUCUUCAGUAGGGAGCCCUGGUUCAAAUCCACCAGCCACUCCUAGGAAACCCUGUGGGGGAGUUCUACCCUGUCCUAAAAACCUGUUGCCAUCGAGUCAAUUCUGACCCAUAGCGACCCUAUAGGACAGAGUAGAACUGCCCCAUAGAGUUUCCAGGGAACACCUGGUGGAUUCCAACUGCCAGCCGUUUGGUUAGCAGCCGUAACUCUUUACCACUCUGCUACUAGGGUUUCCUGCUCUGUCCUAGAGGGGUUGCUAUGAGUUGAAAUCGACCUGAUGGCAACGAGUUUGGUUUAAGGUCUAAGCUUAGGAAGGCAGGAAAUAUUUUUCCCUGAAUCUGAGCUAGUGGCCCAGACACCUGAGAACAUGUGUUUUUGUUGUUGUUGUUGAAUUACUCCUCAGGAGAUGUGGGGGUGUGGUAGAGGUUCGGGACAGUGGGUGUCUGAGCAUGCAGCUGACUCAGCUCAAAACAGCUCCUUCCCUGCUCUCGGCGGCUGCGUUCCCACACUGGUAUUUUGGUUCCUGUUACAGAACCACAGAGUCAUCUGGCCCAGGUGCAAGCUCCCGUCCUUCCUUGCCCCCUGCCCCCAGGAGGCAGCUCUCCUAUAAAGGGGCCGAGCAGCUCAGCUACUCUCACUGGGUGUGGAGAGCAGGGGGGGGACCAUGGACUUCAUCAGUAUUCAGCAACUGGUAAGUAGGGAAAGAGUGGAAAGGAAAGUGCUGGGAUUUGGACACGGAGUUCCUGACCCUGGAGGCUGGCCUGGUGCCUGGAGGCUGGGAUCCCAAGAGGCCCGGGAGAGGCAGAAAUUGGAAGAAGAAGAAAAGAAGAAGAAACUUGAAAGAUUUAACAGCUCCAGACUUAAUCUGGAGAACCUGACCGACUUAGAAAACUUGGUUCAAAGACGAAGAAAACGACUAAAACGCAGAGUCCCCCCCAGGAAACCUGAGCCCCUGGUUAAGCCGCAGCCCCAGCCCCAGCUGGAGCCUGUGGACCUGGAGACGUUCCUGAAGGCAGCUGCUGAGAACCAGGAGGCCCUGAUUGACAAGUACCUGCUAGAUGGAGGAGACCCCAGCGCCCACGACAAGGUGAGGAACAUGUGGGGUGAGUCGGGCUCCUGUGCGGCUGCAGGAGUGCUGUCCUGGUGCGCUGUAGUCCUGGUCCUGGCAACUGCAGGCCUUUCCCGUUUUACAGGGCAGCCUCCUGAGCUGGGCAGGAAAGGCCUGGAGCAGGAUCCGGGGGAAGAUGCACUCCCUCUGCCUGAUCAGCCCUUUCUCCACCCCCAGCUUCACCGCACGGCCUUGCACUGGGCCUGCCUGAAGGGUCACAGCCAGCUUGUGAACAAGCUGCUGAAGGCAGGUGCCAGCGUGGACGCUCGGGACUUGCUGGACAGGACACCUGUGUUCUGGGCCUGCCGGGGAGGACACCUGGACAUCCUCAAACAGCUGCUUAACCAGGGAGCCCAGGUCAAUGCCCAGGACAAGGUUUGGAGCACCCCUGUACACGUGGCCGUCCGGACAGGGCACAGUGACUGUCUGGAGCACCUCAUCGCAUGUGGCGCCCACAUUGACGCCCAGGAUAAGGAAGGAGAUACAGCUCUUCAUGAGGCUGUGCGGCACGGCCGCUACAAAGCCAUGAAGAUACUGCUGCUGUACGGAGCCAAGCUGGGCAUGCAGAACGCGGCAUCAGUGACCCCAGUGCAGCUGGCACGAGACUGGCAGCGGGGCAUUCAGGAGGCACUGCAGGCCCAUGUGGGGCACCCUCGAACACGGUGCUGAUGAAUUCAGCAGACCACGGGGUCGCCCACAGCCCCCAUUCCAUCCCCACGCCACUCAGGCAUCUGCACACUCGUGGUUCUUGCCCAUCCGUCCUGGUUCCCCUCAGGUCGAUGAGGUGGCCAUCAGACCUAAGGAGCAGCCCAACCUGCAGGGUGAUAAAGCAGGUCUCUCUGGCUUCACGUGUAAGGGAUGACUGCUCCCUGCUAGGGCUGGAGCUAGGAAUGGGUGGCGUGGAGGACCACGGGUGAGCAGGAGACAAAGCGGGUCCAGAUGAGGAACAGUGGAACGGAGUAUGAGCUAGAGAUGGAGCAAAAGACGUGGAGUCCUAAGCCUGGAGUUACUCAGAGCUGGGUGUCAGACUUCCCCAGUGUCAGUUAAUCCUCAGUCCGGGAGGCUCAUGAGGCCCCCGCCCUCCCCAAAGGGCCCAUCUCCUGCCGACGAGGACAUACAAGAGGAACUGAAGGCAGCCUGGGCAUUUCUGCAGCUGGCCAGUGCCCCUAGGCAAGGGGCUUUUCCGGAAAACUCCAUUGCUGUCAGCAGCAACCCUGAUAGCAAGAGAGCAGCUCUACACAGCUCUGGUCUGAGGACUCUGGGGUUGGGUUCUGGCGGUCUGGAAGGGGUCAUUGAACAGGUUUGAGGCCCCACAGCAACAAAAGUCCAACCUGGUUGCUCCGAUGCCCUAAGACCAGUGAUCUGAAGCAAAUUUUUAGGGAAACCUUGUGCUAAACUGGAGCCUACUAUACCUAAAGGCUGGGUCGGGCCUGCCUCACUGGCUGGUGGCUGUUCUCCUACGGGUGAAGAGGCUGUGUGUUGGGGGUUGCUUGUGGCCCACUCAGUUCUUGGGGCGGUGGCCCGUAAUCCUAGUCAGCCUGAGGCUCUUCUGCCCGGUACAGGAGUUCUAGCUUUUGCCUGGACCUUGUGGCUGCAUCCCACUCUGCUUUAUCCCCCUCAGGCCAGGACACUGAGGAACUCUGACCUUGGUCCCACAAGGUGAGAGGAGGAGGCAGGGAGCACGCCUACUCCUCUCUCAUCUGGUAGCUGGUGUAGAUUUAGGACCCACCUCACACCUCUAAAGCUCUUUCCUCACUGUUCGGUUUCCAGUUUCACUGUGUAGACCUGGUGCUGAUCUCAGCACUACUGGCUGGGCUGGGUCCUUCGAUGCCAGAAAUCGAACCUUAAAGAGCUCCACCCCAGACAGAGGACCACAGGCUACGGGGAGAGCUGAAAGACGGAAGGUUUAGCCUCCCUUGCAUAGUACUGGGUUAUACAGUACCUGGGUUCGUUCAUUUUGCAGCAGUUUUUAGUCCACUGGUGGCCUUCCAGGGCCAAGAACAAGGCUGUUCUCUAUAUGCGAGAAAAAUGACAGUGUUCCAUGUCACGGGCCACAAACUUCUCACACCAACACAAUUAUGCCCGUACCAAUGGGCCCAGUGCUCCCCGAGGAUGCUGGUGCCAUGGGAGAAACAGGUAUUCAAGACCACGGAGAAGGUAACUCCCCAUCCAGAAAAUGGGGACGUAUAAGUAACAGACACACCAAAAAAACAAAAAAAAACCCUUUUUUGUAUGUAUCAAUACUUUUUGUUCAUUAAAAUGGGUUGAUUAUCCCUCACUGCCUAGUUGUCUGCGGUGGCUGAGAGGAGCCAGCGACUUAAGCACCGGGGCAGGCCGGGAGGGCCCAGGGCCCUGUCUUCUCCACAGCGAUGCCCAGGCUUGUUCACCACGCGAGCCUGACCGCAAGGCAGACUACAAAGUCAGAGCUGGAACGCUGUGGGUGCCUGGAGCUCGGCUCUUUCCCAUCUGUUAGCAGCUUUGUUCACUGGUGGACAGUGGUUCUCAGCCAUAGCUGUCUGUCAGAAUUACCAAGGAUUUCUUACCAUAAAGUUUCAAAAAUCCUGAUGUCCAGACUGAUUAAAUCAGAAUGCCUGGUGGAUGGAUCCGGGAAUCAGUAUUAUCAUGAAAGUGACAUGCUUGUCUAUGCAGAAAAACCCAACAAAUCUACCAAAGGAAAAAAAAAACCUAGAAUAAAUGAGUUCAGUAAAGGUUCAAGAUAUAAGAUAAACAAAAAAAUCUACUGUAAUUCUAUAUAGUAGCAAUGAACACGUGGAGUCGAAAUUAAAAAUACUAUUUACAAUUGCUCCCAAAAAAGUGAAACACUUAGGUGUAAAUCUAACAAAGUAUGUAAGGACUUGUAUGCUUAAAGCUGCAAAACACUGAUAAAUCAAAGAUCUGAAUAAAUGGAGAGAGAUACCUUGUUCUCGGUCAGCUCUCCCCAAACUGAUACACAGGUUGAUCAAAGUUCCUACCAAAAUCCCAGCAAGAUUUUUUUUGUAGAUAUAGACAAGUUGGAGCUAGGAUUAAGUGGGAGGAAUCAGUUUACCUUACUUCGAGACUUCUUCCGUAGCCAUGGUAAUCAAGCCUGUGGUACUGCCAGGCAGGUACAUGGAUCAGUGACACAGAACAGACAACCUGGAAACAGGCCCCACAAACAUGCCCAACUGACUGUGACAAUGGUGCAGGAGCAACUCAGUGGAGGAAGGACAGCCGUUUCAACAAAUGGUGCUGGAGCAAGUGGACAGGCAUGGGCAAGCAUGUCUCACACCCAAUACAAAAAUUCUCAAAAUGGAUCAUGGACUAAAAUAUAAAAGUAUGAAUCUUUUAGGAAAAAACAUAGGAGUAAAUCUUUGGGGAUCCUGGACUAGGCCAAGAGUACUUAGACAUGACACCAAAAAAAAAAAAAAAAAUACUGCAUAAAAAGACAAACUUGAUAAAUUGAGCUUCAUCAAAAUUAACAGUUUUGCUCUGUGGGAGACUCUGUGAAGAGGCAAAGAGAAGCUACACAUUGGGAGACAAUAUUUGCAAGCCAGAAAUCUGACAAAAGACUACUACCCAGAAUAUAUAAAGAACUCUUAAGACUCAACAGUAAAAAAAAAAAAAAAACGAAUUUAGUUGAAAAUGGGCAAAA